AUGUCUAUCCAACUGCAAAACGUUCGGACCAAGGACAUCCGGGCGCCUUCUAUCAAUGAAGAACACAGAUUGCCAUCCCCUGCCCCUUCAGACGAUGGUGGCAGGGACCCCGAGAAUCGGGGUUCAAAAGACCUUCCUGACGAUCCUUACAUGCUCAGAUCCGCCGUGAAAUCCAACUCUGAGAUCCAGGAGCUGAGGAGGAGUAAAAAUGGGAAGGUGGUGGGGGAAUAUCACGAGAAGCAAAACCUACUCAUCAACAGCCUGCUGAAGCCGAUGGAGGAGCACACGGAAGAUGCCAAGGCCGCGGAGGAGGCGGCACGUUUCUCAGUCAAAAUCGCAGUGUAUACGAGUUUGUUCGCUAAUUUGGCUCUCUGCGUCAUUCAAUUAUAUGCUGCUGCUUCGUCCUUGUCGCUAUCAUUGCUCGCUACUGGCAUCGACUCAGUAUUCGACCUUGGAUCAAAUGUUUUAUUGAAUUACCUGCACAAGAAAGCCUCUCGUCUCGAUGUCGCCAAGUGGCCCGUGGGGGAAGUCGACUCGAGACCAUCGGGAAUAUUGUUUAUGGUUCUUUGUGAGUCUGUAGGAUUAGGGAUGGGCUCUGUCAACUUGGUGGUGAUCGUGGAGUCACUCCGCACCAUCAUUUCUCACAAGGACGGAGAAACAAACGCAUUUCAUCUGCCAUCCAUAAUUGCUGUCACGGCUGCUCUAGCUGUCAAGUUCUUACUAUUUGUCUACUGCCUCCCUCUUCGUAAAUCUUCCAGUCAGGUUCAAAUCCUAUGGGAGGAUCAUCGAAAUGACUGCGAUGACCCAACAACAGGUGUUCUGAUGUCUUCUGGUGGAAGCAAGCUGCGAUGGUGGCUCGAUCCCACCGGGGGUCUCCUGAUUGCAGGCGGGGUCAUCUUCUCCUGGUCGAGAACGAUAUGGAAUGAAUUUGAGCUUCUGGCUGGAAAAUCUGCCUCUCACGGAUUUAUCCAACUGGUCACUUAUAAGGCUGCCACCUUUUCGAGUGAGAUUGAGAAAGUUGACACCGUUAGGGCAUAUCAUGUAAGUCUGACCGUCGGGUUCAAGAUCUUGGACGCGACGGAUCGACCUCGUCCAAAUAUACCGCUCACAAAUUGA